CCCCUGAAGCACCCCCAAGUGAAUAAACGACGUGUGUGUCAAGCUUAGACUAUUGCCAGUAUUCUAUGAAUGAGGACUUGGAGGGCAGUAUUUAAUACGAUUUCUCUAGAGCUGUGAACAAAAAACUGUAUUGCAAUCUUUUUUUUUUCGGAGUUAAGUUGGUGUUUAUUCUUCUUGCGUUCCGUGGGCGAAGAGCCAUUCUGCAUGGACAUCUCAUUUAUGAUGUCUUCCUAAAUAAAUCGCGUUGAUGUGCUGCGCCGGGAUAAACCUCUUAGGCUUUUAAGGAGACCAGGGUUCAGUGAUAUAUUGGAUCAGCAGAACUGAUAAGGGAGAACCAAAACGUUGAAGUGCACAAGUCCAACACCGCAAUCGCCAUGAGCACAGAGCGUGAGGUCACUGCUUCACAGACUGUUGUAAAUGGGGUAUCGUCCUCCAGCGUCCAUGAUCAGGACCGAGUGGUUGAAGUCCCUUUGCGUGCACGCUCUAUCUCUGCUGUUAAAAUAAUUCCUGUGAAGAGGGUGAAAAGUUCUCCUGAUUUAAUGCUGGUGACAGAAACAGAUCCUUCCAAAGUGUGCACAGGGAAGGGAGCUGUGACACUCCAUGUGUCCAGCAUUCAUGCAGACCUCCAGAGCAGCAGCCCCCAGCCCUCUCAAAGUCCUGAGCCGACAGACACAGGAACAGGUGGUUGGAAAGCACUGCCAGGUGUCGACGCUAAUGGAGACAGCUCAGCCCACUCGCUGGCUGCAAAGGGAUACCGAAGUGUCAGGCCAAACCUUAUUGCAGACAGCAAGACACAUUCACAGAAAUCUCCCCCCCUGCCCCCUCCUGCGAAAGAGCAAAGCUUUGCAUGGCGGCCCACUACUAAUCAGAAACUCUCCUACCUUUCCCCGGUUCCCAUCAUGGACUGUUUGUACAUGAGUUACCCAAAACCAUACGUGCCUACAGCACCGUCUAGUGGCAUCAGUGGGCAGUGCUUGUCACAAUAUUCUGGUCUAGGCCUGGGUUCUUCAGCAGGGCACACACUAGCACCAGUGUUUGGUUCAGUCCCCAAAGGCACAGUGCAUGAUUGGCAGGAACAAUCCAGACCAGCUCAGUCUGCCACUGUGAGUGGCCAUGUAAGCCAACAAGCCAGUCCUGAGAAAAAGAUUAGCAGUCUCUAUGUAGCUUGUUUAUCUAACAACACUUGCGUGCCUGUCUCUGUAAGUGUCCCACAAGAGGAACGAGGUGUCUUCUCAGGAGCUACCAUGCACCCAGCACCCCCAGGCACAGGCGAUAGCCCCCCCACAGGUGACACCCAAUCGCCCCCUCCUCCCAUCCCUCCCAGGCCGUUUUUAACUAAAGGUCCUGGGAGCUACUGCCAAGGAGGAUACUCCAUCAGGUUCUGGCAAUCAUCUCCAUCGGACCAGAGCGGGGCUGCCAUAGAUUACCAGAACACCAAAUCAGCAAGACAAACAGGACCGUACUGGUCAGGUCAACGGCACCGGUCUGCACAAGCAGAGGGAUACGGCAUGGACGAUACAGCUGGCCCUGCUCAGCCCGACAUCAUAGUGGUCCCACUGACUGAGGUUGCUGUAUUUUCUUCAGCAACAGAGGGCGGUCAGUGCACCCCUCCACCUCCUCUACUACCCACCGGAGCCGAUCCCGCGAGCGCGUCACUCACCCUGCCGACUCUCGAUGAUUUCAUACCCCCUCACCUGCAGAGGACCCCAACUCACCACACACCCACCACCUCCAUCGGCUGUGCUUCCCCUAUUAACCUGCCACCACAACGAGCAUUGUCACCUGCAACGGGUCCCCUUCUUGUAGAAGUUCCUCUGAGUUUCCCUGAGACUUCAGCCACACUCCCUGGAGUUUCUGCACCUACACCUGUGACUUCUGAAGCUUCAGCGCUCAGCUCCAACUGCGAUCUGCACUCACUUUACCCAUCAACAGGCAAGCCUUCCUCAGCCUACCCUUCCACAACAACAGUCAACCCCACUAUUGUGCUUUUACAGCACAACCGAGAACGGCAAAAACGCCUUAAUAGUUUGGCAGAACCUGUGCCAGAGAGGCCGACAGAUCCCAAGACAGAAAGCACAGGUGUGCCGGAGAGGAUUGCAGAUUCCACACAGAGUGAAAAGGCAGCAGAUAUGGACGAGAGGAGAACAAGAGUGAUGAGGGCUCAGUACACUGGCAUCGGCCCUCUAGAUGAUGUAGGAAUUCCAAUGAGGAAUACAGACAAGUCCAAGGAUUGGUAUAAAACGAUGUUUAAACAGAUCCACAAAAUCAAAGAUUCUCCUGAGGAAAACCCUUACCACCCUACCUACAAAUUCCCCGAACCCACCGAAAAGCUGAACAAAAUAGAAGAGGAAAACCCUUAUGCUCCUACCUACCAGUUUCCUGUCUCCACACCUAGUCCUAAUUCUGAAGAUGAAGACUCGGAUUUGUACUCUCCCAGGCACUCAUAUUCUGAAGAGAUGAGAAGUCAGUCGAGUAUGCCUCGCUCGAAGAGUGCAGUGGACAGCAUCGAGGCAGAGGCCUCAGUGAAGAGAUCCGCCACACUGCCUCUGCCAACCCGCUCCUCUUCACUGAAACCAACCGCAGAAAGGAACGACUGGGAGCCCCCAGACAAGAAGGUUGACACCAGGAAAUACCGCGCUGAGCCCAAGAGCAUCUUUGAAUAUGAGCCGGGGAGGUCCUCAGUGCUGAGGCAGGAGAAAGCGACUCGGGAUAUAAGCCCUGAAGAAAUAGAUUUAGAGAGUGAACCUUGGUAUAAAUUCUUUUCAGAGAUGGAGUUUGGAAAACCGCCUCCAAAAAAGAUCUGGGAUUAUACUCCAGGGGACUGCUCUAUCCUCUCUCUAGAGGAUAGAAAGGACCAGCUAGAAAAAGAUCUCUACCUGUACCAGGCUGAGUUAGAGGCAGAUUUAGAAAACAUGGAGAAGCUUUAUAAAGCACAAGAUAAAAGACUGUGGAAGAGUGCACCAUUCAACCCUCUGGAAACCCCAGCAGAGCCUCAUCAAUACUCAAUGUAUACCCCUGACUACCAUGCUGUAAGAAGAGAGACAGACCCAAUGUUUGGCGAUCAGGGGAUCUCUGAGAGCGAGAGACUUAUUUACAAGAAUGUCCUGGAGGGCGGCGACAUUCCGCUGCAGGGUCUAAGCAGUCUGAACAAGCGUCCGUCCAGCUCAUGCUCCACCAAAGUGGACCAUAAAGGUGGGAAUACUUACAUCAUUUCAGCUUCUUCUUCCGUAAAUAGCAGAACAGUUAGUAAUGUGCUAGGUAAUAAAUGUAAGCAUAAGAAGCCAUUAUCAGCCGCUAAAGCCUGCAUUUCCGAAAUCCUCCCCUCCAAAUUUAAGCCCAAAAUGGUGUCUCCCUGCACUGGGUUGCAGGAGAGGGAAGCCUCUGCAGUGCAUCAUUCCAAAGCCCAGAGCUGCGAGGACCUACAUGAUCGCACCACCUAUUUCAACAGCCGGAAGGCGCUGGCGAACGAGGUGGGGCAGAGUGUGGGGUCGCUACUCCACAAGGAGAGGGCUGAGCUGGGGAGGAGGACUAGGAGCAGCGCCAGUCUGCAGGAGUACGGCUCGCAUUCCCGCAGCGGCUCAGCCCCUCCACGGAGCAACGCUGCAGAGUUCAGCACCAUGUACAGAAACAUGCAUCACGUCAAUCGCAUGGGGAUCCAGGAGGCUCCGAACAGAAGCAGCAGCGUGAGGAACAUCGCCUCCCAGUUUGAGCACAAGGAGCGAUGCGAGCUUGGAGGCGUGGAGGAACCGGAGCAGAUCCCCCGGCACACCGUGUCUUCCAGGGUGACUGAGUUUGAGCAGAUCAUUCAGAGAUCGCGAUCCAUGCCCACGUUGGAUACCACCGGAUCAAACCACAGCAAGAGCCCAAGCCCUACCCAUUGCCCGCCCCACAUCGCCUCGGCUUUCUCUGCCGAAUCCCUCCUGGAGCCCCAACAGAGAAGCAAAGAAGAGGAGCCGGAAAUCAAGAUCAUGGUGAAAAGCGCGUCCUUCUCCGGGAGCGAUGCCGAAGACCAAGCCUCGGAGUUUAGUGAUGCUGUGCAGCCCGACUCCCUCUCAGCCUGUACAGAGCCUGAGCUGGACCGUCUCUCCAACACCUCGGCUGACAGCUCCUCCAGCAGCGUCCACCUACCCCACAGACACCAAGCGAACCAGUGCAAGGGAGCCUGCCCUGCCUCCUACACUAGAUUUACAACCAUCCGCCGUCAUGAACAGCAAGCUAAAAUUCAGGCUAAAAUAGGAUCUCAAGACAAUAGAAACACUUUCCCUAGAAACCUCUAUCUUAUGGGCCCCAUGCCCUUCCGAUUGAAAAAGCCUUUCCAGCAGGAGCACAAAAAGACACAUUUUCCAUCUCCCAUUGUCUUGUCAGCAGCCCGGGACUCGCCAAGCCAAAACAGUACCAAGGAGCCUAAAGGAAGUGUGCUAGAUAACAGCUUCCUGCAGUGCUUGUUUUCAGAGGAGAAGCCCCUCAUUCCUCAGAGGCAGUCCUCCCUGGAGGCCGUGGAAAGACUGAACAGUCAGACAGCAGGGGAGACCCAAAACGAAGGCUCAAACUCCCCCCUCAGCAAGCACUAUGGCUACAUUGCUAACGGAAACAGUGUCCCCUUCGCAACGGCCUACGACAGCCUGGACCGUAACAACAAUCCGCAGCCUGAGAUGGGGGUAUACCUCAGAGAUUCUGAUUCGCCACGUCAUUUUGCCCCAGAACGCUCGGAUACGCCGGAGGAUGUCGUUCGUAGACGCCACGAUGACAAAGAGAAACUUUUAGAGGAGCAGAGACGUCUUAAACGAGAGCAAGAGGAAGCUGAUAUUGCAUCUAGAAGGCACAAUGGACUCUUUCUAACACAUCACCAGUUUAUCACUAACGAUCGAUUCGGGGACCUCCUUAACGUUGACGAUGCAGAUAAGAGGAAUUCUGGGUCUGAGGUCUGUUCCAGUUACCUCAAUCAGCUGCUUGACCCAAAGCAAGAUUUGCCUCCCACAUUAUGUAAUGCUUAUUUAAAAAAUGAACCGUCGACUGGGGAAACAAUGUGUAUGGUGCCAGCAAGAGCUAAAUUCGACUUCAAAGCACAAACACUGAAGGAACUGCCUUUCCAAAAGGGGGACAUUGUCUACAUCUACCGACAGAUCGAUCAGAACUGGUACGAAGGGGAGCACCAUGGAACAGUUGGGAUCUUUCCCAGAACAUACGUGGAGCUGCUUCCUCCCACUGAGAAAGCGCAGCCGAAGAAGGUGCCCCCGGUGCAGGUGCUGGAGUACGGAGAGGCCCUGGCCAGGUUCAACUUCACUGGAGACACAGUGGUGGAGAUGUCCUUCAGGAAGGGGGAGAGGAUCACACUGAUCCGCAGAGUAGAUGAGAACUGGUAUGAGGGCAAGAUCUCGGGCACCAGCCGCCAGGGCAUCUUCCCAGUCACCUACAUCGAGGUCCUGAAGCGGCCUCGCGUCAAGAAUGCUGUGGAGUACCCAGACCCGCCUGCGAGCCACUCUCCAGACCGCAGCUCCACGGCCUCGCCACAGUGUGUCCACGACAGGCUCCACACUCCGACCCCCCCUCCUCCUCCGCCCAUGCGCAGGGCAGUCUCCCCCGAAGUGCAGGCCAUCACCUCGGAGUGGCUGGCCCUGACUAUGGGGGUGUCUCGCAGCAGUACCCCGGCAGUCACCCCCCCUCUCCCGCCGCUGCCUGAGGGCUUCUACUCCUGCGGGGACUAUCUGUCUCCAUCCGCCGCGGCCAGCCCAACUCCCUCGCUCUUGAAGAAUGAAAUUGGAUACCAAGGAAUGACUUCAAGACAUCCUAUGUUGCCUUCUGACAUCGCAGCUAACCUGAAUGCCAACUCCUUUGCGCCUUCCCAUCAUUCAUUGCGAACAGGACCAGAACUUACUGACUCUGAAAAGUGUUAUGUGGAAGCUGUCUGCAAUGAGAUCAUUAGCAUUGCAGAAAAGUCUGUCCAUUACUGCAGCGCUCUGUCCCAUCCCCUUGACUCUCGGCACAAGCUGCCUUCUAAUCACAGUAAACGAUCUUUCAUCAUUUCCCAGCAACCGCAGGCUCAUCAACGAGGAAGCGCCCCUGAGCAGAGUCAGCCCAGCAGUGAUGUCUUCCAAGCCCUGUACAGCUACGUGCCACAGAACGAGGAUGAGCUGGAGCUCCGGGAAGGGGAUGUUGUCAAGGUGAUGGAGAAGUGCGACGACGGCUGGUUUGUGGGUACUUCCAGGAGAACAAAACAGUUUGGCACCUUCCCCGGCAAUUACGUCAAGCGCCUUCACCUGUAAAUGUUUCAUCCAAACAGACUCUAUUUAACAACACAGCAUCCCCGACAGAGGAUUGAACAAAGCCUGUUGUUAACACAUUUCAUUUAAAAAAAAAAAAAAAAAAAAAAAAAAAAGACAAAAAAAAUCACGCCUUUCUUUACUGUUGUGUUCGAGGAAUGGCAAGCGUUACUAUGAUAAGAGAAAAUGUGCGAGGUAUGUGAAUUUAUGGUAAGAGGUUCUGAAAAAAGCGCAGCCAUUGUCUCAAUGUCAGCUAUGAACAAGAAAACAGGACUGCAGAGAGAGAGAGAGAGAGAGGUCCUGCGUACACAUGUCUGUUUGAUGCACACUGUCACCAAGUCUCGACACCUGUUUCACUUUGUGCUAUCCACAAAUGUAGAAGAAAGCAGCUGAAGUGAUGCCAGUAGGAUUUAAGGACGUACGUUUAAGAUGGGAUCCGCGGUACUGAUUUAGAUUUAACCAGGAGUGCUUUCACUACUGGAGCUGCCAAACCGCUCCACUGCUUGAAUAUCAGGCAGACCCCUGCACGUCUUUCCUGGUUAAAAUUGAAUUGUUUUUUUGAAGUGAAAUGAUAGAAAGUCCAACAUUGCAAGAAAGGUUUGCCACAUGAUCACCAGCUGUAAGCAUGGCGUUCUCAGUGCUCCCCUCCCCACCUAAUCCUUGCCUGGAUCCCCAGACUAACCAAUGCCUUUCAUUAUAACUAUCUUCAACUGCAACAAAAAACAUAUAGGAUAAGGUUUAGACUGCUAUUUUUGUCAUAAUGGAUUGAUAAAAUUAAUACAAAAUAUUAAAAAGCCUAUUUUUAUGCAGAUGCCUUUUUUUAGAGAGAAUUUAUUUAACAGGAAUUUGUUAAUCUAUUAACAGACUAUAUAAGCAUGUCCUGCUGCAACACACUUUGUAACAUGCUCCGUGCAACUGCUGGCACAGCCCCGGUUAGUGAGGAGAAAAACAUGUUUGACUAAAGUAUAAUGUAAAUAUGUAUAUUUUGAUUUUUGUACAGAAUGUGUACCUGUAUAGAAAAUUAUUUAAUAGAGAGAGGGAUUUAAAUGACAGAAAAAAAGUUGAAGGCAGUUAUUGAGCUCUUUACCUAGAGGAUUUUAGUAAAGCACACGACACAAUAUGUUCAGCACAGAAAAACCACAUGCACUAAAGAACCAAUUUGACUCUACCACCUUGCGGGGAUCCCAGGCCCUGGUCAGACUUAUUGAAUGAAAUUUGCAGCGUUUUUGUUUUGCCUUUGCUGUUCUCUGUAAUUUUAGAAAUACCCCUAGAAUUGUAUAACUCACCCCAUAGCAGUGUAUUACAAACACAUUUUAAUAUGCCUAAUAAUGAAGUUUACAGUAUGCUGACUGUGUAUAACCAGUGCUUCCAGUACAUUUUUAUUUACCAUUUCUGUGUGCUGCAGUUCAUUAUAAACACAUCUUGCAGCAUGUUGCGUUUCAAUGUUUUAUUUUUAUUGCAGUGCUUUAUGAUUUGACAACAUUAAUUAACAAAGAGCAUCUAUUUACUGCUGUGGUUGCUAAAUGCAGUAUUAUGCAAUAUUUAAUAAACUUUAUUCAACCCUG